AUGCAGUCUAGUCAGACAUUAGACAGCAGUGAGCUGCAAGACAGGGACAGUGAAAUGCUCCAAGAGGCAGAUUUCUCUGAGGUGCCAAGCAGUCCUUCCAGACCAGGUGAAAGUGACAGUUCCUGCCAAAGUCCCAGCAAUGCUUGCCGUAUGGUAGAUGUUGAGGUGCCAAGCAGUCCUUCCAGACCAGUUGAAAGUGACAAUUCCUGCCAAAGUCCCAGCAAUGCUUGCUGUAUGAUAGAUGUUGAGAAUCCUGGUACUGGAUGUACAGAUAAUGAAUCGGAGUCAGAGGUGUGUGAUAAUGGCUCUGACCUUGCGGGUGAUAAUGCCAAGUGUGACAGAGUGUGUGGAGCUCAGUCAGUGUCUGGGGCAUCCAUUGACUCUAUUCCUGUGUGCAGUACUCAUUUAGUUGCCCUGUCUAGUACAGGAACAUGUGACUGGAAAAAUUUGGGACAAAAGCUUAUAGAACAUGAGCGGUCAGUGAAACAUAAAGAAGCUGCUGCUAAGUGGAGUGACUUGCAUUUGAGGCUUAAGAAUAGCUCCACCAUUGAUCACCAUCGUGAGAACUUGAUUGAGUCUGAGAGGAAAUACUGGAGAAAUGUUCUAGAAAGACUGCUAGCAAUCUGUCAGUACUUGUCCCAACAUAACCUGGCAUUUAGGGGUAGUGAGGAUCGACUCUUUACAAGUUGUAAUGGUAACUUCCUUGGGUUGGUGCAGCUAUUGGGCGAGUUUGAUCCAGUAAUACAAGAGCAUCUUCGUCGUAUCAGUAAUGCUGAGAUCCAUGAUCACUACUUGGGGAAAACAAUCCAGAAUGAGUUGAUAAUGUUAAUGUCAAAGUCUGUCAGAGACACUAUUUUGAAAAAGAUAAGAGAUGCCAAGUACUAUUCCAUUAUAUUGGAUUGCACUCCUGACUGCAGUCAUCAGGAACAGAUGUCACUGACUGUCCGUAUUGCUGAAUGCAAUGAAAGUGUGGAAGUUAAGGAGUACUUCUUGUCCUUCCUCCAGGUUACUGAGACUACUGGUGGUUUUCUGACUGACAUUGUGUUAAAUGAACUCAAAAGUUUGGGAGUUCCACUCAAAAACUGCAGAGGCCAAGGUUAUGACAAUGGCUCUAAUAUGAAGGGGAAACAUUCUGGUGUUCAGGCAAGAAUCUUGUCUUUAAAUCCACGUGCAUUUUUUGUACCCUGUGGCUGUCAUAAUCUCAAUCUAGUAAUUGGUGAUGCUGCAAAGUCUUCAAUAGAUGCUGUUUCAUUCUUUGGUAGUCUGCAGCGAAUGUACACUCUGUUUACAUCCUCUACUCAGAGGUACAAAAUAUUUCGUGAUAAUGUGUCUGGUCUAACUGUAAAGCCACUUUGUGAGACCAGGUGGGAGUGUAGGGUAGAAAGUGUCAAAGCAGUGAGAUACCAAGUGGGUGCAGUUUAUGAUGCCCUAGUUUCAGUGGCAGAAGUUACCAAAGGGAAAGAUCCUAAGGCAUAUUCAGAAGCAGCAUCACUGAGCAGUGCAAUGAAAAGUGCUAAGUUUUUAAUAGUGCUGGUAGUCUGGUAUGAUGUAUUAGUAAAGGUUGAACAAGUCAGUAAACUUUUACAAAAAUACAGGGCCACGGGGUACAAAAAGGCAAAAGUGACUGCAACUGAGCUAGCUGAAGAACUGGAUGUAGAACUCAAGUUUCCUGGUGCAGAUGAGGUGAGACCCAGGAAAAAGAGGAAGCUUUCUGGUUAUGAAGCGGAUGAUGAGUGUCUAAUUAGUCCUGAACAGAAUUUUAAAGUCAACUUUUUCUACACCCUUGUUGACGUUGCACUGUCAUCUGUGCAGGACAGGUUCACUCAACUUGCACCUCAUAGUGCUACUUUUGGCUUCCUCUACAACAUACAAGACCUCUGUACGGUUUCUGAUGAUAAGCUAUUGCAGCUCUGUAAAGACUUGCAGAAUCUUUUAACCCACAAUGACUCUGCUGAUAUCGAUGCAGUAGAGCUGUAUGAGGAAUUGAAAACCCUUUGCCACAUUAUUACAAAGGGAUUAUCAGCACUGGAUGUCCUUAAUGUAAUGAAAAAGUGA